AUGUCGAGGAGAAGAGUGUCAUACAGCAUUCCUCAGCAUGAGAGUGCCAAGGACGAAUCCGUCACCGUAUUAAAAGAGAUCUAUAGUACAGUAAGGUACGAUUGGCCUCGUAUAUUGGAAGACGAUGCCAACCCCAUAGAAUUGGCAAUUUCGUUAUUGGACGACAGUUCAGUAGGAUUGGCACAUAGACAAGAUGAGUUUCAAAGACUAAAGAAAUCCACAGAAGGGGCUUUGCGGCGUGUUGUUCAUGAGCAUUAUGAAUUGUUCAACAACAGUAUAGGGUCGUAUCAUCUGUUGUUGUCAACAUUGGACAAGUCACAACAAGACUCAGAAGGUAUCAAAGACUUUCUACAAAAAUCAAACAAGGAGAUUCAUGACAGGAGCGCCGUAUUGGCAGAGUUAUCCGAAACUUCUGGAAAAUAUGCCGAACUGAUUGACAUAAUUGAUGCCAUGCAACAGUUGAACAAAAUCCCUGACCAAGUGGAGCAAUUGACUAAUGAGAAAAAGCUUCACGAGGUGUUUGAUGUUAUUUCAAAUGGGUGUAAAAUUGCGGAAAAUUAUAAUUUGUGGUCUCUACCUGCCAUGGGUGAUAUAAGGGCCUACCUCGACGAACAAUCGAACAAGUUGUAUGAUAUGAUUAUUGAUGAGUUGCAGAAUGAAAUAUACUUGAAAAACAACAGCUCAAUAUCGAAUACUGGAGUCUCAUUAUGGCAGUCAAUAAUUGACUCUACAAGUCCACAAAUGGCAUCUUUUAAAACAUUGUUGAGACUGGAAAAUUUGGAACAGUACGUGCACAAUUCCGCCAAUUUGGAUAUCUUGGAGGUCGUUGAUCACUUUUCGGGUCCCGUUAGUGAAUUUUUGAAUGAUCAGUUACCAGAGUUACAUGCGAAUAGUUUGAAGAACGAUGGGGCCAUCGACCAUACCAUUUACUUAAAAAAAAAUACAUCGAAUGAAAGCUUCUACUACAUGUACCAGCUUUUGGCGACUGCUCAGAAGUUGGGCAACCUAAACCAAGUAGUUGAAACAUUGAUUGAGUCCAACCAACUGGAGCUACAUGGCUUGGUCAAUAGAGUGACCGAGGAGGUGAAGCUGAGGAAUGGGUAUGCCCUUUCGAAACUCAACAAGAUUCAAAAUUUUGAACAAGACUCAUUACUCGAUGUAAUGGCACACAAAAACUUUAGUGAUUCUGCAGUGGUUAUUCUUCAAGAGCUUUUUGGGUCAAUCACAAUAAGAUACCUACUAUCAUUCCAAAAGUACAAGAUCAUUGAUGGCAUUACUUCUAUUUUGAGGCCAGGGCUGGUUGCAAACAUGCCCCCAUCAGCAGGGGUGGUUUCCAAGAAUGUGUUGCGAGUAUGGAAUUCGACAAAGAAAGAAUUACUGAACUUGAUCGUGAGUUAUAUCUAUGAUGACGGACCCCUUGAUUCUGGAUCCGGUUUGGUUGAUAAAACAGACAACAGAAAGGUUAGCAAAGCAUUGCAGAAAAGGAAGUUGUUUCAGUUUGAAAAUGUGGAUUGGAGUAGCACCAAAUCUGCACAAGAGCUUCAAGAUACUCUUGGUGAUAUUUUCCCUGGAUUUCACAUUGAUGAUACAAACGAUGAAGAUCUUCUCACUAUGCAAACGCCUUACUUUGAAGACGAAUCUUUUAAUACACAAGUGGAGGUAUUGACUCCAAAGAACUUGUUCAAUAUGAGGAUUGUGUUGGAACCAUUAUUGAUUUUUGUCGAAGGGUCUCAUCGAGUUCUCUCCAAUUUCCAAAUGAAAAAGAACAGUACCGAUGAUCUUGCCUUUGAUUUUUUCAAAAAUUUUAUGAAGUCCUCCUUUUUGACUUAUUUCAAAGCUGCCAUCGAGAUGGUCUUCAGCGACCAGGUUGGUGGGACAUAUACUACUGCGUACACAAGUGAGCCUUCGGGAUUGAAGCUUGACGUCAUCACAUUGAAUCAAAAUACAGACUUGGAACUUCUUGAGGAUUCUCGUGUUGGUAACGAAUCAACAAUUGUCAUUUAUGAGAAUGCAUUGAAUUUCAAGAAGUUGUUUUUGGAGCUCUGUCUUAUUUUGAAUACCUCGUUAACCUAUAGAGAAGAUAUUUCUGAUACUGUUUUGCAAAUAUUGGAAAGUUUUGCCAAUGAGUAUACAAAACUAUUCAAAGACUUGCUAUCGAGUGGAGGUGCCAGUGCCAUGGGAAGACCGGCUCUGCAAAUUAGCAAAUGGAUGACACAAAAAUCGUUGACGCAUGUAAGUGGAACCAUUAUACUUUCGCUCAAUGAGAAAAACAGUACCGAGUUUGCCAACUUUGUAACGUCCGAAAGUGGAAUGUUGCUUCGGGAAACUGACAAAAUUGUGGUAAAUAAAGAUAAUCUUUUGGACAGGGAUACUUUUGCGCAAGUUGUUCAUUUAUUGUUGACGACGUCGUGGAUUUUGACAUGGUUAGCAUUGGUUCAGAAACAAUCAAACUAUGCAGUUGGCGAAGACGGAAACAAUGGUGUUGUUGUGUCGCCAGUUGAAAGACUAAGGUACAAUUGGUCAUUCUUGGAAAAUGGCCGCCCUUCGAUCGACAUUACAACCGAUGCAUCUGAUAUAACCAGGAAUAAUAUCCUUCUUGCUUUAAGUUCGGAAAAGAUGAUUGCGUUUAAGGAGGUGAUUUCCAAUUUCGAAAGUAUUCGUGAUCAAACGUUGCUAGCCUUGAGGUAUGAAUUGAGAAGCAAAGCAAUCCAUUAUCUUACGCUAUCAUUCAAUGUGAUGGAUUGGGUACCCACAACUGAACCGGGUGAUGCUGACCCGUACGUUGUCCAAUUCAAUCAGGAGAUAUUUGCAAUUGACACUAGUUUGACAAAGGCUUUGAGAGCAGAAGACAAAGACAGCAUAUUUGUCGGUUUCAGUCAAUUCCUUAAUGACGCAAUGAUUCAAGGUUCAUUCAAGGUUCGCAAAAUUAAUAGCAAUGGUAUUAAACGAGUGUUGUUAAAUAUUUCAACAUUGCAACAAAUUUUGAGAAGUUUGUCGGCAACACCACAAGCAAUAGAUUUUGCAAAGUCAUCCUUAUAUUUUGAAAUGUUUACCUUGAAUGAGUUUAGUUUGUUGAAUCGCAUCAAGUCCAAGAGAUCAGAGUAUACCAAACCGCAAUACCAUAAUCUUGCUAGGUUGAUAUACAGUGAGAAAUUGGCCGAUGGAAACGGUUCUCAGUUCAAUAAGGACAAGUAUGAGGACUUGAUCAAGAAAAUAAAUGAAAUCAUAGAAUAA